AAACUUAUAUCUUUCCACUAUAUAUAAUAUUUUUUUUAUGCAUAUGAUUAUUUAGUAAGAAUUCUACUGUUUUAAGAGCAGCCCUUUACUCUGUCUUUUCCAAUUUUUGUUGACAUAAAUUUGCUUGCUUCUGAGAGUUUGGUGGUGAAGAGAAAAUGGGAAUAUGCAUGGGAAAAUCUGCAAAAUGUGCUCAUGCUUCUUCUAAUCAGUUCAUGGAAACUACAAGUUCAUCUAGCGAUAAACAACAAGAAUCAUUCUCUACCAACAAGAAAUCAGUUUCAUUAAGUUUCAAUAAAACAGUUGUGGCACCAGAAGGGGAAAUUUCUGUCUCCAACAGUCUCAGAGCCUUCAGUUACCAUGAUCUUAAGAACGCUACAAAAAACUUCCGCUCUGACAGUCUUCUUGGUGAGGGAGGGUUUGGUUGGGUUUAUAAAGCAUGGUUAGAUGAAAACAGUUUUGCUGCAAGCAAAUCUGGAUCUGGAAUUUCAGUUGCCAUUAAAAAGCUCAAAACAGGAAGCUGUCAAGGUCACAGAGAAUGGCUUACUGAAGUUAACUAUUUAGGGCAGCUACACCACGAAAACCUUGUGAAACUCAUUGGGUAUUGUGUUGAAUCUGACAACCGCUUGUUAGUUUACGAAUUCAUGUCCAAGGGAAGUUUGGAGAACCACUUAUUUAGAAGAGGAGUUCAACCUAUUCCAUGGUCUACAAGGAUUCAUAUCGCAACUGAUGUUGCACGAGGCAUAUCCUUCUUACACAACUUGGACUCCAACGUAAUUUACAGGGACUUGAAGGCAUCAAACAUUCUACUUGAUUCGGACUUCAAUGCAAAGCUUUCGGAUUUCGGCUAUGCAAGGGCAGGUCCUACUGGAGAUAGAACUCAUGUGUCAACAAGAGUUGUUGGUACCAAGGGUUAUGCAGCACCAGAAUAUGUUGCUACAGGUCGGCUGACUAUAAAGAGUGACGUAUAUAGUUUCGGUGUAGUCUUGCUAGAGUUGCUUUCUGGAAGGCGAGCAUUAGGUGAUGAGAGGGCUGGAGGAGUAGAUGAAGAGACUUUGGUUGAUUGGGCAAAGCCGCUACUUGCAGACAAGCGAGUUUUGAGAAUCAUGGACACACGAAUGGGGGGUCAGUACCCUAAGAAGGAAGCACAAGCUGUGGCAUCCCUUGCAUUACAAUGUCUCGAUUUUGAUCCCAAAUUAAGGCCAUCAAUGUUAGAAGUUGUAGCUAAACUGGAACAAAUUCCUUUGGCAAAAAAUGUUUCAAGAACUCUCCAGGUUAAGCAGGAACACAGUGGCAGAACUAGAACCACAAGAACAAGAUAGGCUCUAGAUUUACUAGAACUUUGUGGCUGUAUAAAUAUUUUUCAGCAGAUUAAAACAGCAGUCAUACCCUGGCAGCUCUUGAAUGACUCGGGGUCCCUAUAGCUUUGCGUGAGGGGUAUUGACUAUCCAAUUUUCAGAACUUGUUGACCAUAUAGCUUGUAUGAGAGGGGAUUAUAGAAUUAAACAUGCGAUGGAUAUUGAAUGGCCGUAUAUAUGUGAUGGCUAGAGAUCUCCUAGAUUUUAUCAUGCAACAGAUAUAAAGUUCUUCAUGUGUAUAUAAAUAGCAAAAUAAAUUUCAGAUGCUCAAACAUCUACAUCUAAUAUAAAUCUGCCAGAUAUUAUAUCAUAGCAGAAUUUUUUUUAUA